AUGCAAUUCCUCGCGCUCGUCUCACUCCUCAGUGGCCAAGCGCUGGCCGCCUCGGUCCACAGAAAUUUGGGUCAUAAUGUCUACCACCGUGACUCUGGUGGCUACAUAAACCGCACCGCGGCGAUCACCGAUGCGGACGUCCACAAGCUGUCGGCGCUGGGUGUCGCCUCGGUCGGGGUCAACUCCUUCUCUCCCAACGGUGCGGCUUGGCUGGGGAAGGACGGGCCGUACCGGAACGAAUUUCUCAAUGUGGCGGACGAAGACCUGAUCCUCGUCAUCUGGGGACCGGCAGGCUCGUGGAUCAACGUCAAACAGCCUACCCUGACGGCAUCCCUCCCCGCCGGCACCAGCCUCUGGGUCUCUUUCGUCAACGGAGCCUCCGGGGCCUGGGUCGCCAUCUACGCGGACACCCGACUGGUCAACGGCCAGGCCUCCAACACUUGGGGGGAAUUCACCUUCGGGGCGGAAGGCGUGGUCGACGUCUCCCGCGAAGUCAAUAUGGACGGCCACCCGAUGAGCAUCGCCGGUCCCGCCUGCACGACCGACAUGGACACUUGCGUGUUCUUGUGCACCACGGGCACUGCCUGCACUACCGACUACGUCCUUCACAACUGUGAGAACGGAUCGCAGCCGGGGGCUCGCUACGGGAUCCACGAGGGUGCCCCGAGCGGUGGCUGCGGUGGCAUGGGCGCUUCCGCGACGCUCCACACUGUGCUCAGCUAG